AUGAAAGUAAGGUCUAUUCCAUUCACCAGAACGGCGACGUCUCCUCUUGCUCGACGGCUCAAGCAGCAACGAGUGCAGAGAGAAGAAAGUAUGAUAAUGAAAGAAGAGGAGGAAGCCCGAAAACGUCACAGACUAGAGGAGCAGAAGAGAGAGAAGUUCGAAGAAGAAAAGAAAGUCGAGUUGGUUGGCUCGAAGAAGGCCGAUUCCUACAACGAAAUUAAAUAUCAGGAAAAUAAAGUGGAAAUCAAAUCAGGUUCAUCAACCCCACAAAAAGUUUCAGCAGAAACCGCUGACCCGAGGAGACGUAAGAAAGAAAAGAGCAAUCUGCAAAUUGAUGAGGGUACUGCUCUGAAGGAAAUGAGUAAGGUGCUUCUUAUGCUAAAUUUUCUCCAGCUUUCGUGCCUAACAUUAAUAAUUCCAUUAAAGCUUUAUCAAGACCUCUUGGAAAGGUUUGAGGAGCUCCGACAGAAGCAAGAGGCUCAGAUGAGUGCCGAAUCCGAUAGCACCCGACUGCGUCGGCUGGCCAAGACGGAUCCGUCAGUCACAGAAGCUCUGCACGACGUCGUUGAAGCAAUUAAAAAGGCGCUACACGACUUCAAGACGUGUGCUAAUCUUGCCGGCGCGAUGCUGCCGAACGCCGUCCUUCAUGAACGUGAACUCAGCCACAUAUUGCUUGAGCUCGAAUGCGCAUCCGUUCAUCAGUGA